UAGUCAUACUGAUUGAUUUUUUAAUUAUUAUGAGGAUAUUACUACUUUAAAGUCAGUAUAUAAAAAGAUUGCAGCACGGUAUGUAUAAUGGUGACAAUGCUACACUUUCGUUUUCACAAUUUGCCAACGUUGAUAACUUGAUGGCUGUAAAACAGGAAAGGAAAAAACCAGCGGAUGUGUGCUGUGAAAACAGGCUACACUGCCAACAUUGUUCUCUUACAAUAGAAAACCAAAAUGAGGAGCUUGUAGAGCACAUUCCCCUCUGCGAACGCCUUCGGACUAAAUGUUUGAUCAUCUUCUCGACAACAUUUGAUUUCUAAAAAUCUAGCUGGGAAUAAUGUUUUCCUAUUUUAUUUUUCUGGUCGCCUCCUCAGUUACUUUUCUGCGUACCCACCAAGUGUCCAGUCAAGGUUCUAGCUGCACAGAGUAUCCUGUGUUCACUCCAUCUGCACUGGUAGUGAAGUACGGUGACCCAGCCAAUGUUACAUGUGUUGCAUGUCAGAAGGACUGCAGUGGAGAUGUUCCAGGUUUAGAGCACGCUGUGGGAAAAAUUUCACAAAGUGGAACCACGAUGUUCUGGACAGUUGACAGACUGACUGAAUGGGGCAUAUCUCUACAGUGCUAUUAUACCAAUGAUGCUGGUGAUCAGUGUACUACCGUUCUGAAUCCAACUCUUUAUCAGCCUCCAGAAAGUGUCUCCAUCAGCUUUGUAAACCACACUGAGAUGAUGUUUGAGAAUCAGCAGUACACCCUGCAGUGUAGCGUACAGAACGUAGCUCCUGUUCAAAGCCUCACUGUGACCUUCUACAGAGGAAACACAGCACUGGGUCACCUACAGUCCGACAGUGAACAGAAGAAACCAGUGAAUGAGACCUUCACCCUGAACAUCACUCCCAGAAGAGAAGAUGAUGGAGCCCAGUACUGGUGCGAAAGCAAGCUGGAGCUGAGACCAGCUGGACCACAGCGCCCUCCAGUGGUGACAUCAGAAAAGCUCCCUGCUAUAGUUCACUAUGGGCCUGAGCUCAAUGAGCCACCAAAUCCAGAUGUGAUCACAAUCACGGAAGGAGACACUCUACACCUGAACUGCUCCUCUGUGGGAAACCCCAGCCCCUCAUACACCUGGACACUCCCAUUAAAUAGCUCUCCUUCCUACAGUGGCAGCGUUCUCACUAUUAAAUCUGUUGGGUUUGAGCAUGAAGGACAGCAUAUCUGCACUGUGAGCAACACUGUAGGGACUGUCACCAAGGAGUUUAACAUUGACGUACAAAUCAGCUCCAUCCCAUACAUAAUACGUGGAACCUUACUGGGAGUUCUGGUCCUUGUCGGUCUGUCACUGGGAUGCUACUGUAAACGCAAGCAAAGGGGAAACUACAAACUCAGUAAAAUUAUUGUUAUUGACACUCAUCGCUUAUUUUUCUUAAUGGGAUUUCCCCGAAAAUUCAGAUUUCCCGGAUGGAUGUUUUCGAUUUCACUUUCCCAAAGAGAAGACCAGCCCGCUGAUCCACGCCCACAGCUUAUAAAGGAGCGUGGACCUCCAUGUUGCUAUCUGUUCUGCUCUCAGUUCAUUACAGACACCAUCUGGCCAACAAACUUUGGGCUCGGAGAUUUUUUUUUAUUAACAAACGUUUUUUCUUUUUCGUUUUCCCAACGAAACUAUCUGGACACGAUGCUUUCCUGUUACCUUUUCCUCGUUAUUUCUUUGAUGAUCUCCUUCCGAGACGUCCGCGUGUCCGCCUCUGGUUCUAACUGCACAGAGUAUCCUGUGUUCACUCCAUCUGCGCUGGUAGUGAAGUACGGUGACCCAGCCAAUGUUACAUGUGUUGCAUGUCAGAAGGACUGCAGUGGAGAUGCUUCAGGUUUAGAGCACGCUGUGGGAAAAAUUUCACAAAGUGGAACCACGAUGUUCUGGACAGUUGACAGACUGACUGAAUGGGGCAUAUCUCUACAGUGCUAUUAUAACAAUGAUGCUGGUGUUCAGUGUACUACCGUUCUGAAUCCAACUCUUUAUCAGCUUCCAGAAAGUGUCUCCAUCAGCUUUGUAAACCACACUGAGAUGAUGUUUGAGAAUCAGCAGUACACCCUGCAGUGUAGCGUACAGAACGUAGCUCCUGUUGAAAAGCUCAAUGUGACCUUCUACAGAGGAAACACAGCACUGGGUCACCAACAGUCCAACAGUGAACAGAAGAAACCAGUGAAUAAGACCUUCACUCUGGACAUCACCCCCAGAAGAAAAGAUGAUGGAGCCCAGUACUGGUGCGAAGCCAAGCUGGAGCUGGGACCAGCUGGACCACAGAGCCCUCCAGUGGUGACAUCAGAAAAAUUCUCUGCUCCUCCAGUCUACUAUGGGCCUGAGCUCAAUGAGCCACGAAAUCCAGAUGUGAUUACAGUCAAAGAAGGAGACACUCUACACCUGAACUGCUCCUCUGUGGGAAACCCCAGCCCCUCAUACACCUGGACACGCCCAAAAAAUAGCUCAUCUUCCUACACUGGCAGCGUUCUCACUAUCAGUUCUGUCGGCUUUGAGCAUGAAGGACAGUAUAUCUGCACUGUGAGCAACACAGUAGGGAAUGUCACCAAGGAGUUUAACGUUGAUGUACAAGCCUCUAUUCCCAACUCUGCAGCUUUCCCCUGGAUAUGGAUAAUAGUUGGGGUAUCUGUGGCUGUUCUGUUUGUCCUCAUUUGUGUGCUAUGUUGUCUUUUCUAUAAACAAAACCGAAAGGGAAGCUACAACCUAAAGGAUGUUUUACGGUUUCCUAUGCGCACUGCCUUGCCUCUGCAAAACUGCGAGAAUAUCUGAACUGUGGACAAACAGUCUGGAGCUGUUUCUUCGACAUUAGGUGCUGUCUAAUUCUUCAAGUCAAUUUGUCAAGUUUGACAUCAUCCCGGUUUGAUUGAGGUAGUGGUUACCUUCCUCUACUGAUGACAUCUGAUGACACCAAACAACAAAAAUGACAGCAUGAAAUGAAGGCUUUAAGUGACGUGACCGGUGACCUAAAUACUGAAUGGAAAAAAAGCUUCUUUCUCUUUUAACAAGCUUCUGCUUUUAAGGUACUGUAACACAGUCAGCAGCAGCUCUGCAGUCACUUCCUGUAAAUAUGCUGCCUUAAAUCCAGGUCUUGGGUUGCAGCUUUUAAGGAGUGAUCUCUAGAUUUCAUUGUAGUGAGUGUGGAAUUCAAAGUUCCCGUGUCGAUAUAGACUGAAAACAUAGGAUGUCACCAGCUUUUUCCUUUAACUGUUACACAGCCUGGAAUUUAGUACUGUUGUCAUGGCAGCAGCUUACUGGCCUUUGUCUGUAUUUCUGCCACUACUUUGAACUAGAAGCAAGAUGUAAAACAUUCGCGAUUUUGACUGUUGACUGCUGAGAAAAUCGAGUUCUAUGAGAAAUAUUUGAUAUUAUUUUAAGUUAUGUUUUCAGUAUUUGGUGACUGUAAAAGUACAAACUCAAGACUAACAGGACACUAACUUAAAGAUUCUGCACACUUUUUUUUUUUUCAAUUUGUUUUGGCAAAUGUGAAAGUAAAUUAAUGCUAUCAAAUCCAUAUGCAAGCAGAGGGCUGAAUAUCCACUAUCACUGCUGUGUGGAUGAACAUGCUGUUUAACUGUUUUGUUUGUAUAAAAAUAAUUUAAAUGACUUUGUAUGUUUAUUUAGACAUGUGCUUUUUUUGUACUAAAGUCUAAAGGAGAAUUUCUGUUGCUUCCUUCAACGAGUGUAGUGGCUGCAAUUGUGUCAGGCUAGCUUUGCACUCCUGACCUCCACUGUAGAGAAUCAGAGGAGAAAUGUGAAACAUGCAGGUUAUUGGCUCUGCCAGCACGCUGCCUCAGACUUGCAGCUCCCAUCAUUGCCAGGAAUCUGGAAGAGGAUCGUGCCAACUUAGAGCCAUGCUUCUACCGGCUGAUGGGAAAUAGACAAGGCUGAAGUGUUUUGUUGUUCACAUCCGUUAUGAAAUUUCCACUGAAGCCCUGAAACCCUCAGAAAGUCUAAAGUGUAAAAAAUAAGUGGUCUCUGUGACACCACCCACUGGCUUGUGGGCUGAGGUUUUGAAGCCUCAGGUUUGACACCAUCUAAGACAUGUUAGGCGUCAUGUUUCUGACCUGUAGCAACCCCCAUCUUUCAUAUAUUAUCUACGAUUCAAACAAACAGCUAGUGACCUACCAACGGUUGCCACAUCCAUGUAUGUUUGUGUAUAGUAUGUGUGAUUAUUUGUUAUAUUGUGGGUAUUAGUGAAAAAGGCUAAGUUGUAAUAAUACAGUGCACACUGGAGCUUGUGUUUAUUUUUAAAAUGUAAAUAAAUUACAGAACCUUUUUUGAAAAAAAAAAAAAAAAAAA